ACGCAACGUACAUUCGUGUACAUAUUUUAAGCCACGGUGUAUUUACUUGUAAACUACUAUAACAUCGGAAAUAUAGGUGAAAAAUCUAUUGUUACUGUUUAUUACAUCAAAAUAAACAUUCUUGGAUUGUCAACGUAUUUCUACAGAAGCCCGUAACAAUGAAGAAGUACAUGGCAGUAUGGGGAGCGCUGUUCUUCUGCGUGGUCUGUCUGUCAUUGUACCUGAUGCUGGAAACAUUGAACACUUCACCAGGAAGAUACUCUGCCGAUGUGGAUGCACAUGCGCUUGAACAGUUUGAAAAAAAAAUCAACGUCAUACAAGAGGACAUCAUUAAUAACCAGGCUAUCAUAGAUGACAUAAAAGCUGCCAUUAAGGCCUCAUCUAAAGGCGAUAAGCAAGACAUUCCAAAGUUACAGGCAUUACUGGACAAACAGAAUGAGAAACUGCAAUCUAACCGAGACAGGGUGGUGUCCAUGCAGGGUGGGAUGAAGUUCAACCAUCCGGUGGAAAGUGUUCCCAGAGUGAAUGCUGUGCAGCGACAAGGUGGGAAUGAGGUAGUAAAAUUUGACCAGUAUGAUAAGUAUGUUGGCCUGAGGAAGACGGUUCCUGUAUCAGACGAUGUUUGCAGAUGGAUCAACACACCUAGCAAGGAACCAGAUAUUAAUAUGGAGAAAGUUGUAGACUCGCUUCCAUUUGACAAUCCUGAUGGCGGUGCCUGGAAACAAGGGUGGACUGUAACCUAUCCAGCAAAUCAGUGGCAUGCAACCAAUAAGCUGAAAGUGUUUGUGGUGCCUCACUCUCAUACUGACCCUGGAUGGGUGAAGACGUUUGACAGUUACUUCACUCAACAGACUCGUCAUAUACUUAACAACAUGCUGGACAAGCUGGAGCAGUACCCCACCAUGAAAUUCAUAUACGCAGAGAUCUCAUUCUUCCAUUUGUGGUGGAACGAACUGGACGAUGGCAAGAAAAGCCGUGUGAGGAAACUGGUUCAUGAUGGAAGAUUUGAGAUUGUCACAGGAGGCUGGGUGAUGAAUGAUGAGGCUAAUGCACACUAUUUUGCAAUGCUGGAUCAACUUUUAGAAGGGCAUCAGUGGCUGGAGGGGACAUUAGGUGUGAAGCCAACUGCUGGAUGGGCCAUUGAUCCGUUUGGUUACACCCCCACCAUGGCUUACCUCCUGCGUAGAUCAGGCUUCAACAGCAUGCUGAUCCAGCGCGUUCACUAUGCCUUGAAGAAACACCUCGCUAAAAACAGACAGCUGGAGUUUAUGUGGAGGCAGUCUUGGGACCAUGAGGGCAGUACAGACAUGCUUUGCCACGUAAUGCCGUUCUACUCGUACGACAUCCCCCACACAUGUGGACCAGAACCUGCAGUCUGCUGUCAGUUUGACUUCCGGAGACUUCCAGGCAGCUCGUAUUCCUGCCCCUGGAAAAAAGAACCUCAGGCCAUCACGGACCAGAAUGUGGAGGAAAGAACUAAAAUGAUUAUCGACCAAUGGAAAAAGAAGGCUACACUCUACCGUAGUAAUUCUGUGUUUGUUCCGCUUGGAGAUGAUUUCCGCUACGACAAGCCAGAUGAAUGGGACCACCAGUUUGUGAAUUAUGACAAAAUAUUUAAGUAUCUGAAGGAACAUCAAGAGUUGGGGGUCGAGGCCCAGUUCGGUACCCUGUCAGACUACUUCAAGUCCAUCUACGAGCAGUUCAAGGUCAAGCCUGGCCAAGCGCCCACUGAGUUCCCGACCUUGAGUGGAGACUUUUACACAUACGCUGACAAGGACGACCACUACUGGUCAGGGUACUUCACCUCAAGACCUUUCCAGAAGAAUCUGGAUAGAGUCAUGGAAAGUCAUCUUAGGGCCGCAGAGAUCAUAUUCUCCAUGGCCAACACAAUAGCAAAGCGUCAGGCAUCAGCAGGCAAUUUUCCAGCAACAUUGAUGAUGGACAAGCUGAUUCAGGCACGGAGAAACCUUGGGUUGUUUCAACACCAUGAUGGAAUUACUGGGACAGCCAAAGACUUUGUGGUUGUUGACUAUGGAAACAGACUGCUGAAAUCUCUAAAGGACACAAAGGAAGUGAUAAAGGAAUGUGCCACCUAUUUGUCAAUGGACACCAAGACAGCGUACAGUCUGGCAUCUGGGGAAAAUGAGACACCAAUCUUUGAUGUGGAUGAAGAGAGGGCUGCACACGAUGCUUUACCUGUGAAAACAGUGAUAACUGUACAGGACAAACCUAGACCGAUUCUCCUCUACAAUUCACUUCCCCAUCAGAGAGACCAAGUCGUCAAGAUUUACGUCACCUCAUUGCACGUCCUUGUAAAAGAUGAUAAGGGAAACACUGUACUCACCCAGGCGGAACCAUUCUGGACUAAACCUGAUGUGGUGUCUGAAUUUUUUUUUAAGGUCUCAUUCAGAGUUACCAUUCCUGGAUUGGCAGUGUUGAAGUACACGGUUCAGAGUGUGCCAGAACAUGGGAACAGUCUCAAUAUUCCCUCCACUGUCUUGAUGUUCAAUGCAGACAAUAAACAGAUAAAACAAUCUCCAUUUUCUAUUGAAGUGACCACAGGUACAGACUUUACUCUGGAAAACCCAUAUUUGAAGGCAACGUUUUCAGGAUCUAAUGGCUUAUUGAAGAGUGUUGUUACCAAGGAAGAUGGCACCACCCACAACACAAAACUGGAGUUUGUAAUGUAUGGAACUAAGGACCACAGUGGCGAUAAGAGCGGAGCAUAUCUCUUCUUACCAGAUGGGAAAGCAAGGCCUCUUAAGGACAGUGGAUCUCCUAUUGUACAUGUCAUCAAGGGGCCCAUUGUCUCUGAAGUACAUGUGUACUUUCAGCUUGUAACACACGUGGUUAGACUAUAUAACUCAUCAGGUGUGGACGGAAUUUCAUUGGACAUGCAGAAUGUUGUAGACAUAACGAGUCAACAUAACAUGGAGGUAGCCACGAAAAUUACAACCGAUGUUGAGAACAAGGAACGAGUGUUCUUCACAGAUCUAAACGGCUUUCAUAUGCAAAAGCACAAGUACCAUGAAAAGCUGCACAUUCAAGGCAACUUCUACCCAAUGCCGACCAUGGCUUUCAUAGAAGACGAGACACACAGGUUCUCCAUUCUGUCAUCAAACUCUCUGGGAUUCUCAAACACAGAGAAAGGGGUACUUGAGGUGAUGCUGGACAGAAGACUUAACCAGGAUGACAGUCGCGGCCUUGGACAGGGGGUCGUGGACAGCAAACAGACGCCUAGCAGGUUCAAGCUUCUCAUUGAGAGAAGGGUGGCAGGGGAAUAUAACCCAGACAUCUCAGUAGCUUAUCCGUCAUUGCUGGCUCACCAGACCUCGCUACAGCUGAUCCACCCAGUAUACAUCAUCCCCCCACACUCCAAGCAUGCUUCAGACAUGCCGAAACUCAACAGCUUCAUUCCCAUGAAAACUCAACUACCGUGUGACGUGCAUUUGGUUAACCUUCGUGCCAUGCAGAAUGCUGACGAUGGAAAGGAGAGACUUGUGCCGAAGCAUACUUCCGCAAUGUUCUUGCAUAGACUGGGUUUUGAUUGCGGUUUCAUGAACAAGGGCUUGGCAUGUGAUGCAGCAAGUGGUCAGGUCACAUUGUCCAGUAUUUUCAAUGAAAUUGAGCUCAAUCUUGCUCAGCAAGUGUCAUUGACAUUGAUGUAUCAUGAGGAAGACGUGGACACCAUGACAACGCUCAACCUUGAACCGAUGGAGAUUGGCUCAUACAUAGUGACCUUGCAGUGAAAAAGUCAUCAGGGUCAUGAAGUCAUCGAUGACAAACUUUGAAUGUCAUAGGGAUUAUGAUUAUGAUCUUAAAAAGGUCAUAGGGUCAUAAGUUAUGACCUUGUGAGAUCAUGCUGGUUAUUGUUCAAGUGACGAUCUUGCAAGGUCAAUACGAAUAUAGUAAUUAAAUUUGCAAGAUAAUGAGGUCGUUAGUUAUUAUCUUGCAAGGUCAUAGGGUCAUGAUGGAUGAUUUUGUAAGGACGUGGAAGUAAUUACUGAUUACCUUGUGAGGUCAUGAUUGUGGGCAGAAGUUAUGACCUCGCAAGGAGACAGGACCAUAGUAGACUAUGCAAGGUGAUUGGGUCAUAUAUGAUGACCUUGCUAGGUCAUGCGGUCAAAAUAAUGACUUUGAAAGGUCUUGAGGUCAUUAUUGAUGACCUUGAAAGGUCAUGUGGUCAAAAGUAAUGACUUUGCAUGGUCUUGAGGUCAUUAUGAUGACCUUGCCACAUCAUGUAAUCAUGUAAAGAGGUGAACUUGCAAGGUCAUUUGGUUAUUCAUUAGGAUAUUGCCAUUUGAUGUGAUAUGGGUCAUUGGUAAUGACUGUGAUCUUUGAUGGCAUAUUUUGUGACUUUGCUACUUUGUUAUUGUUAUUUCAUAUGAGGUACUAGUAUAUAGCUGGUGACCUUACAAAUGGCCUUGCAGAGGUAUAUUUGAUGACUUUGGUAUGAUUUUGUGUUGAUGCUGUAAUAAGGGCUAUAUGGUCAUGUUGAUGACUUAUGAAGGUUAAUCAUGACCAUUUGUCUUGAUUAAUCUUCCAAGGUCAUAUGUGGAUUACUAAGAAUGACCUUACAAGGUAAUAUGAAGCGACCUUGAAAUUGCCUUAUAAGUUAAUAUGAUAUCAAGUUUAAUGUAGCAUAGAAUUUACUAUAUAGAUUAGAGUUUAUGCUACAUUAUAUAAUUCAUUUGAUUAAGUUUUCAUUGAUAUCAUAACCAUUACCAUUAGCAACAUUGUCAGUAUCAUAAGCAACAACAAAAACAGCAUCAACAGCCUUUAGAUAAAUACCACAUUUAUCUUUGUAGAUAUAUCUGCAGUCAAUAAAUAACAGUAUCAUCAUGAUUGUCAUUAUAAUUGUCAUCCAAUGCAACUACAUUCCAUGCAGGAUAUAUUGCAAUGUUUGUAAAGUAGCUUAAUAUAAAUGACAACCAUUCUUUUAUUGUAUAUUUAAUAAAUAUAAAGGGGUCGUUGGUAUGCAACUUAAAAAUCUUUGCUGUGUUUGUCAUGUACUAGUACCGUAUUAGUAUUUAUUCUUAAUUUUGUGUAUUGAAUAUUUUUGUAAAGGUCCUUACAGAAUUAUUUUAUUUGGUGAAUAUACAUAUAUUUAUUUAUGUUUUUAUUUACAAAUGCUUCAUAUCUAAACAACAUUUUUCAAAAAUAUGAAAAUCUGUGAACAUUGAGUGGGCCGGUUAACCUGAACAACUUUGUUCUUCAAUAUAUGAACACUGAUAAGAAAGAAUAAGAAAAAAAUGCUGUGUAUAGUAUAUUUGUAUAAUCUCUCAUAGUAUUUUUUAUGCUGCUUUAAUAACUUGUGUAAUUUGCUACAAAGUCUGAACAUUUUCAGAUUUCCACGUGUUAAGGUCCUUUUUGAAGGAUUUUCAAUGCAUGUUCAUGUAUUUAUUUUUAAGAUUUGUACAUGUGUAUAUAUGUACAUAAUAGAAUUACUAAUAUUGUACAUAAAGUUGGUAUUUAUCAUAAAAUGUUACCAGUUAUUUUAAUAGGUAUGUUUUUAUUUCUUGUUGACAUGUCACGGAUUCUUCCAAACCACCGAUAUGUGAUAUCUGUGUUGUGUCCAAAUCUGGCUUUGCAAUGACAGAAUAUUGGUGGUCUGCAGUAUAAUCAUCAACCCUUUGCAUGCUGAGAAAUUUGUCGUCUGCUAAAUUUCUAAAAUUAGCAUUUUCUUCGAUUUUUUUCAAAGAAUACUAUCAGAAUAGCAAACAGUUUGGAUCCUGAUGAGACAUCACGUUCUGUGGCGUCUCAUCUGGAUCCAAACUGUUUGCAAAGGCCUUUAAAAUUCGAUUCCAGCACUGAAAGGGUUAAAUUUCGCUGACCCACGCAAAGUGUGACUUGGUUAACUGAUCGUCGUUUUAUGACUGUACAACUUUUGAAAACAUAAAAUAAAAAAUAUGUUGUAGACAUUACUCUUUAUCAUCUUGAGCCAAUUUAUAAAAAUAAUUUAGUAUCUAGAUAAGACUAAAACCAUUCUGUAACAGAUCAGUAUACUACAUUUUUGUUUUUAUUGUUGUACUAAACACAAUUAUUUCUCAUUUACUGUGUUACAGUAGACUUCAUCUACUUUAUGAUUACAUAUGAUGAAAAGAUGAUUACAUGUAUCAUUGUAUUUGAUUUAGUCCCUGAUACUAGAUAAAUUUAAAGCAUUUAUUAAUAUUUCACUAGUUUUUAGCUCACCAGUUGGUGAGCUAUUGUGAUCGCCUUUUGUCCGUUGUCAACAUUUACCUUGUUAACACUCUAGAGGCCACAUUUUCAAUCUUCAUGAAACUUACUCAGAACAUGUGUUGCAAUAAUAUCUUGAACGAGUUCGAAAAUGGUUCCGGUUGAUUGAAAAACAUGGCCGUCAGGGGGCAUGGCAGUUUGCUAUAGUAAAACCUUGUUAACACUCUAGAAGUCACAUUUAUUGUCCGAUCUUCAUGAAACUUUGUCAGAACAUGUGUGUCAAUAAUAUCUUGGACUAGUUCGAAAAUGGUUCCGGUUGGUUGAAAAACAUGGCCACCAGGUGGCGUGGCAGUUUUCCUUAUAUGGCUCUAGUAAAACCUUGUUAACACUCUAGAAGUCACAUUUUUAGUCCAAUCUUCAUGAAACUUGGUAAAAACAUGUGUCCCAAUAAUAUCUUGGACAAGUUCGAAAAUGGUUCCAGUUGAAUGAAAAACAUGGCCGCCGUGGGGCGGGGCAGUUUUCCUUAUAUGACUUUACUGUAUGGUAAAACCUUGUUAACACUCUAGAAAUCACAUUUGUGCUCCAAUGCUCAUGAAACUUGGUCAGAAUAUUUGAACUAAUAAUAUCUGGGCUAAUUUCAAAAAUGGUUGAGAUCAGUUAAAAAACAUGGCCGCAAGAGGGCGUGGCAUUUUUCCUUAAAUGGCUAUUUACUACAAAACCUUGUUAACACUCUAGAAGUCACAUUUAUUAUCCAAUCUUUAUGAAACUUGAUCUGAACAUUUGUUCUAACAACAGCUUGAGUGAGUUUGAAAAUGGUUAUGGUUUGUUGAAAAACAUGGCCGCCAGGGGGGGGGGGCAAUUGUCCUUAUAUGGCUUUAGUGAAAACUUGUUGACACUAUAUUAGCCACAUUUAUUGGCCAAUCUUCAUGAAACUUGGUCAGAACAUUUGUCCCAAUGAAAUUUUGCCAGAGAUUGAAGCUGGGUCAUAUGAGCUCAAAAACUAGGUCACAAGGUCAAAUAUAAAAAAAAACAUGUUAAAAGUCACUUUUUUGGUCCAAAAUAAUCUUCAUGAAUAAGCUUGCAUUUUUUUCAGAAUAGUCUAGUUCCUUUGGCUUUCAGGUGAGCGCCUUAGGGCCUGAUGGCCCUCUUGUUCAGAGAUAUAUUUAGACUGUGGAAGGGAAUGGGUGGAAAUUGUGCAUGUGUUGUUAUAGACAAUAUGGACCAGUACAAUCUAUGUUUCUCUACACAAAUAAAAAUUUCAGAAACUA